UUCGUUGCGUUUGCGAGAGCUUUGCUGCAGAACGAAAACAAUUCCGUUUUCGGUCGUCCGUUUGCCGCAAUUGCUGGCCGCGGGUACGGAAUGUCGUCGGAAAACAAGUCGCCGCUGCUGGAGCGGGCCCGCAACAUUGUGCCUCACCUCGAGACGGACCGCCACAAGGGCCAGGCCGGACGGAUCGGAAUAGUGGGUGGUUCGCAGGAAUACACCGGAGCGCCGUACUUUGCGGCGAUCAGCGCGCUAAAGGUUGGGGCGGAUCUGGUACAUGUGUUCUGUCCGCAGGCCGCGGCUCAAGUGAUAAAAUCGUACAGCCCCGAGCUGAUUGUGCAUCCGCUGCUGGACUCCAACAAUGCCAUCAUGCAGAUCGAACCAUGGCUGGAGCGGCUUCAUGUCCUCGUGAUUGGCCCCGGGCUUGGACGGGACCGGCUUAUUCUGCAGACGGUGGCCGAGCUGAUACGAAUCUGCCGGCAGCUACAGAAACCGCUCAUCAUCGAUGCGGACGGACUGUUUCUCAUCACGCAGGACAUCGGGCUGGUGAAGGAUUACUACGGUGUGAUACUGACACCGAAUGCCAUCGAGUUUUGCCGGUUGUUUGGGAAGGAUCGCGACCUCACGAUGGCGUCGCUUGCCCGGCUCGGGGCCGGUGUGACGGUGAUCGAGAAGGGCCUGAACGAUCGGAUCUACGAUUCACAGACGAGCGAAAAGUACGAGUGCCCACAGGGGGGCUCCGCGCGCCGCUGCGGUGGGCAGGGUGAUCUGCUGGCCGGUUCCCUGGCCACCUUCUACUACUGGGCGCUGCAGUCGAAGCAGGAGAUCAGCCCAGCGAUGGUGGCAUGUUUUGCAGCCAGCACACUCACCAAGACGUGUAAUAAGUACGCGUUCGAGGCGAAGGGACGCAGCAUGACGUGCACCGACAUGAUCGACCAGAUCCAUCAGGUGUUUGAUGACCUGUUCGAGCAUAAGAAGGACUAGGGCUGACUGUGGUGGCCCAGGGGCUCUCGGUUCACACGGGGUUCGCGCCCUUUCGAUAUCUUCUAUUUAUUGUCGUCACCGUCGUCUUCAUGGCUGUCUCCCGGCUGGAGGAACUCCUGGCCUGGAUCCGGGCAUCGGUACACCGCUGGACAUCGUUUCGCAAGGCAACGAACUAGGAGGGCGACCCCAACCAGGUCAAUUCCGUUCGAUGGUGGAUGUGCACUUUGAAGCACUGGAAACAGGAACUCGCUCCGGGUAGCGGAGGAACAGAACUGGUGAUAUCGUAAUCGUAUGUUUUUAUAUCAAUGUAAGUGUAUUUGAACUCAGUCAUUCGUCACGAUUAUCAUCUCAUUAUCGGCAAACAACGCAAAACUUACGAGCACCACUACUUAAUACUAACACAUUCAUUCGUGCCGGAUCUAAGAGUGGGGUUUUCGGGUGGUUGCGGGAGGCCAGUGGCGCGUUGACUCUCAGGGCAAAGAAAGUGAAACCAAAAGCGAUUAAUCUUAAUCUGUUUAGCAAAGGGUAUGGACGUUUGA